AUGAUUACAUUAGCAGCAGGUCUGGAGGAUCACAACACAACAGGUCUGGAGGACCACAACACAACAGACCUGGAGGAUCACAACACAACAGACCUGGAGGAUCACAAGGCAACAGGCCAGGAGGAUCACAACACAACAGGUCUGGAGGAUCACAAGGCAACAGGCCUGGAGGAUCACAACACAACAGGCCUGGAGGAUCACAACACAACAGGCCAGGAGGAUCACAACACAACAGGCCAGGAGGAUCACAACACAACAGGCCAGGAGGAUCAGAACACAACAGGCCUGGAGGAUCACAACACAACAGGCCUGGAGGAUCACAACACAACAGACCUGGAGGAUCACAACACAACAGGCCUGGAGGAUCACAACACAACAGGCCUGGAGGAUCACAACACAACAGACCAGGAGGAUCACAACACAACAGGCCUGGAGGAUCACAACACAACAGGCCUGGAGGAUCACAACACAACAGGCCUAGAGGAUCACAACACAACAGGUCUGGAGGAUCACAACACAACAGGCCUAGAGGAUCACAACACAACAGGCCUGGAGGAUCACAACACAACAGGUCUGGAGGACCACAACACAACAGGCCUGGAGGAUCACAACACAACAGACCAGGAGGAUCACAACACAACAGGCCUGGAGGAUCACAACACAACAGGCCUGGAGGAUCACAACACAACAGGCCUGGAGGAUCACAACACAACAGGCCUGGAGGAUCACAACAGACCUGGAGGAUCACAACACAACAGGCAACAGGCCCGGAGGAUCACAACGCAACAGGCUCGGAGGAUCACAACGCAACAGGCCCGGAGGAUCACAACACAACAGGCCCGGAGGAUCACAACAGACCUGGAGGAUCACAACACAACAGGCCCGGAGGAUCACAACACAACAGGCCCGGAGGAUCACAACACAACAGGUCUGGAGGAUUACAUUAGCAGCAGGUCUGGAGGAUCACAACGCAACAGGCCCGGAGGAUCACAACACAACAGGCCUGGAGGAUCACAACACAACAGACCUGGAGGAUCACAACAGACCUCGAGGAUCACAACAGACCUCGAGGAUCACAACACAACAGACCUGGAGGAUCACAAGGCAACAGGCCUGGAGGAUCACAACACAACAGGUCUGGAGGAUCACAACACAACAGGCCUGGAGGACCACACCACAACAGGCCUGGAGGAUCACAACACAACAGGUCUGGAGGAUCACAAGGCAACAGGCCUGGAGGAUCACAACACAACAGGCCUGGAGGAUCACAACACAACAGGCCUGGAGGAUCACAACACAACAGGUCUGGAGGAUCACAACACAACAGGCCUGGAGGAUCACAACACAACAGGUCUGGAGGAUCACAAGGCAACAGGCCUGGAGGAUCACAACACAACAGGCCUGGAGGAUCACAACACAACAGGUCUGGAGGAUCACAACACAACAGGUCUGGAGGAUCACAAGGCAACAGGCCUGGAGGAUCACAAGGCAACAGGCCUGGAGGAUCACAAGGCAACAGGCCUGGAGGAUCACAACACAACAGGUCUGGAGGAUCACAAGGCAACAGGCCUGGAGGAUCACAACACAACAGGCCAGGAGGAUCACAACACAACAGGCCUGGAGGAUCACAACACAACAGGUCUGGAGGAUCACAAGGCAACAGGUCUGGAGGAUCACAAGGCAACAGGCCUGGAGGAUCACAACACAACAGGCCUGGAGGAUCACAACGCAACAGGUUUGGAGGAUCACAUUAGCAAGCAUGCAGACUUGGGUACCAGCUACCACAGCUAA